GCGAUCAAGCCCUCGCUAUUGACCAAUCAAUCGCAAUCAACAGGUUGGUGACCUCGGGUCUAGACCAUCCCCGACAGACAUUUAUCUAACCUGCUCUUAAAUAUCUCCAGAGAUGGAGAUUCCACAACCUCCCUAGGCAACUCAUUCCAGUGUUUAACCACCCUGACAGUGUUGUCUUUCACCUCUCGGCUGUUCCCCAUGCUUCCCUUUCAACCUGGCUUGGAGAAUGACUCUGGAUUCUCUCUCUGUCCCAGCACACGAAGGGAAGGUGUGUAAGAAGGAAAAGAAUUCCCAGCAGGAAAGCCCCGCGCAGAUGGAACUCCAUGGGGGAGAAUCAAAAAGAUAUGAACAUAACACUUCCUGGAGUGUCGACCAAGCAACAUCCUGUGAGAGCCGAGGCGCGUCUGAGACAAACCAGCUGCGGAAGGAAGUGCCUGAAUCCAUGACUUGUGAAGAAGACUGCAUGGACCUCAAGGAAAGCCCUGCCCACGAGGGAAUACACCCACAAGAGAGAAAAAACCCAUGCACAAAGUGCAGGAAGAGUUUCCGUUUGAGAUCACGGUUGCUUACACACCAGAAAACACACAAUGGUGAAAACCCCUAUAAAUGCCUUGAGUGUGAAGAAAGAUUCCUUCGGCGCUCAAAUCUUAUUGUGCAUCAGCGAAUCCAUUCCAGAGAAAUGCCCUAUACGUGCCCUGAGUGUGGGAAAACGUUCAAUAGGCGUUCAAACCUGACUAGACACCGGAAGAUCCACACGAGAGAAAAACCUCACACAUGCCCUGAUAGUGGAGAAAAAUUUAGUGACAAAUCACAACUUACUGUGCAUCCAAAAACCAACAGUAGAGAAAGAACUUAUAAGUGUAUUGUUUGUAGGCUAAAAUUUUGUGACCAAGCACAUCUUAUUACGCAUCAGAGAACCCACAUGAGAGAAAAGCCCUAUAACUGCCUUGACUGUGGGAAGACUUUUUCUAAGAGUUCAGAUCUUAUUUCACAUCACAGAACCCACACGGGAGAGAAACCGUACAAAUGCCAGGACUGUGGGAUGAGUUUCAGUUGGAAGUCAAACCUAAUUCGACAUCAGAGGACCCAUACAGGAGAGACACGGUAUGAAUGCCCUGAGUGUGGAAAAGGGUUUUGUGAAAACUUCCACUUUCUUGCACACCAGAGAACUCACACGGGCGAGAAGCCCUACAAAUGCCCUGAGUGUGGAAAAGAGUUUUAUGACAACUCCCAACUUCUUGCACACCAGAAAACUCACACGGGAGAGAAGCCCUAUAAAUGCCUCGAGUGUGGGAAAAGAUUCCUUAAUAGUACAAAUCUCAUUGCACAUCAGCAAAUCCACACUGGAGAAACACCCUAUAAUUGCCAUGACUGUGGGAAAAAAUUCAGUUGCAGUUCCAACUUGACUAGACACCAGAAAAUACACAUGAGAUUGAAACCUUCUACAUGCCUUGAUGGUGGGGAAAUACUUAGUGAUCAAACAGAAUUUAAUGUGCCUCAAAGAACCCAUGGUGGAGAGAACUCUUACAAAUGCCUUUGCAGUGGAAAGACGUUUUGUCAGUGCUCACAUCUUAUUUCCCAUCAUAGAAUCCACAAGAGAGAGAAACUGCAUAAAUGCCAGGACUGUGGAAAGAGUUUUAAUCAGAGGUCAAACCUAAUUCGACAUCAGAAGAUUCAUACAGGAGAGACACCGUAUAAAUGCACUGAGUGUGGGAAAGAAUUUAAUGAGAAAUCACGACUUAAGCAACAUCAGAAUAUCCACAGAGAGGAUACACGCUUUAAAUGCCUUGAGUGUGGGAAAAGUUUUUGUGGCAAUUCAUACCUUCUUGCACAUCAGAGAACACACACGGGAGAGAGACCGUAUCAAUGCCUCGAGUGCGGGAAAAGCUUUUAUGCCAGCUCACACUUUCUUGCACAUCAGAAGACCCACACGGGUGAGAAACCCUAUAAAUGCCUUGACUGUGGGAAACGAUUCCUUCAAAACACAAACCUUAUUAUCCAUCAGCAAAUCCAUACACGAGAAAUAUCCUAUAAAUGUCCUGACUGUGGCAAAAACUUUAAUCAUCAUUCAAGCCUGUGUAGACAUCGGAGAAUCCACACAAGAAAAAAACUUCAGAAGUGCCCAGACUGUGGAAAAACGUAUAGUGACAAAUCACAACUGAAUAUACAUCAGAGAACCCACACUGGAGAAAGACCCUACAAGUGUAUUGAUUGUGGGAAAAAGUUUUCUGAAUCAGGGCAUCUUAUUGCACAUCAGAGAAUCCAUACGGGAGAGAAGCCCUAUAAAUGCCCCGACUGUGGGAACAGGUUUAAUAAGCGCUCAAACAUGACGAGACAUCAGAGAACCCAUAGACAUCAGCCCCUGGAGUCACACCUGCUGAGUAGCCAGCCAGCAUGUCUGGGAAAGACUUGUCAGGUUGAUUGACCCAUCAAGCAACAUUCAAAGAACAAUAUAGCACGGGAAUUACCAACUACUCUGAAUGGACUUCCCUGCAAACCUUCAAUCUGGAAUGCGAGCCGUGGGGUCUGCCUAAAAAGGACUGAGUCAUUCAUGGGCAGGGUGACUUGCUCAUGUGACAAACUCCACCCUGGGACAUACUUUUACACAGUGAGAACAAUGGGAGUCCCUCCCCGUGGGAAAGGCUAUAAAAAGGACCCUGGGGGUUCCUCCGUUUGUCCCCAAUCCAGACCAUCCCCUCUAAAUGAUCCCUGCUCUGAACCGAAGCUUGAAAGGACUGAUGAGCCAUCCUAACAGAGGACGUGUUUCAGAGACUUGAUUUAAGACAGCAGUUUGGUCCAUCUCUGCUACGGGCCUGCACCAAGAACGUGACUAUUGGUGUAUGUGUUUGAUUCCUUUCACCGCUCUACCGCUCACUCCUUUUCUUUUUUCCUUUUCUCUCUUUUCUUUUUUUCUUUUUUCCCCUUUUUUCUUUUUUUC